AGUUGUCAACAAACUACACUUUAUAAUCUCGUUUCUUAUAUGGACACAAUACAUUCUUUUUUUUUUUUUUAUAUUUUUCUAGCGGGAAUGUGUGACAGCUAUGCAUUUCGUAACAAUAUUUCCAGCGAAGUAGUCUGUGUUUUGAUCAAAUUUGAAAAGAUUUGUACAAUAUUUAUCUUCAUUAUGAUGGAGAGUUUUUGGUUGAAAUGCAAGCACAUUAAACGCAAGUUUUUUAGUCAGAGUCGAUCUCAGGCAGGUUCGCAUAAAAAAUGUUGACAAAUAUAACCCCAAGUAAUCGGUCAAAUUGUGCUGUACGUUAAAUCGUUUUUAUUCUGUUGUGCUUGCUAAGCUUAGUAAAAUUGUUUUAGAAAAUAAGUCUUGAUUUGAAAAACACUUAGGAACUGAAAUUAUCUGCGUAGUACCCAUGCACACAAGCGUGUGUAUGUCUUCAAACGGUACCCAUUCCUGAUAGCUUAGGUGACGCAAGGCAAUGUAAAGUAAAUUGUUCUGCAGUGAGUUUGAUCUGGCAUGUUUUGAUUUGGAUAAACUCUCCCCAGUCUCCUUACUUCACAUUAUAGAAGCUAGACAUAAGCAAGGGAAGAUUGCAGAGGGUUAAUGUUCUGGGAAGAAAGGAUUGCGCAUAAAUGGUUAGUACAGGGCUGAGAGGGUUGAACAACACAUCAGGUAUGAUAAAAGAGAGAAAGAUGAUCAGUGAAGGUACGAGACCUGCUAGUUCUAAGGAACAGAGGCUGAUGUAACAGCAGUAGAACAGAGUAUAGAGCACACCUGUGUGCCAGAGGCUGCAGUGUGUCCAUGGUGAUUAAAUACAUAGUUGAGUAGACCUUGUCAAGAUGUAGUCAAUGAUGUCUGUAUGUGUAGCAACAGCACUGUCUUGGGUGUAGGGGCAGUACUCUAUUGUGGGCUUAAUUUGUGCAUUGUAAUAGGUUUAAGAUUGAGAAAUUGCUGUUCCUUUUGUGCGUUCAGGUUGACAAAGAUUUCUGGUGACUUCCUUCACAAGUUCUACAUGCUUGUCAUGGAAUUUUCCUAGUAGAAUAUAAACAUAGCAUUUUAUUGUCUGCUUUUUAUUCUUUUAUUUGUUUCAGUCAUUUGGCUGCAGCCAUGCUGGGGCACCACCUCCCUUUGGGUGUAUUUUUUUUAUAAGAUACUAAUUUGUCAGCUGUUUCAGAAACAAUUUGAAGUAUUGGUGAACAGUCAAUAAUCUUGGAGAGUAUAAAGAUUAAAGUUGUAGUUGAGGAAAAGUCAGCUUGACAUGGAGGACUGGAAGCUGUCUAAAUAUUGGAAAAGAGCUAUCUGUAUCAUGAUGAUUCAUGCCAGGUAUCGAAAUGCCUGCUGCUCAAUGCUUUGUGAACACUGUAAAGGCUGUAAGAUGUGACAUGGACUACAGCAACUGAGUCUACAAAGCCGUGACCAGCAGGAAGGGACAUACAUAGCAGGUGUUCUGAUUGCAUCCACAUGCCAGAAUUCAUCCCCACAUCUUUAACCAGGGUUUUAGGCUCAGUUCAAACGGCUAUGUGGAGCUGUGCGUGGAGUAUAACCAUACCCCACACACAAGCUGGGUACCAAGAUCAAGAUGUUUGAAGAACUUCCCAGGGAUGCAGUGAGGAAUUCAUGUGCCAGGUUCCAGAGCCAUCUUGAGGCUGUGGUGGAAACUGAGAGUGGCUACUUCGAGUACUGUUAUCUUCCAGCCAUAAUCUAGUUGAUAUUUUUUGAUUUAAAAAAAAAAAAAAACUUUUAUUAUUGGAGGGGAUAUUGUGUUUUCUUUUCCUUUAUGCAAACUGUCAAGUUUAGCCCAAACUCCCUGUUUGGCUGCUAAGAAUUCAAAGAGCUGGAAUAAUGUUGCCAAUCCACUAUCUUGGAUUACUACUUCAUUUCAUCACUCCUGAAAGGAUGAAAAUCAAAAUUGAUUUUGGCAGGAUUUGAACCCAAAGGGCCAGAACAAAAAUUGCAAGAUUUAUUAAAAUGCCACCCAAAAAAACCUCCAGCAUUGUUCCAGUUAACCCUCGGUUUCUUGAUCUACCAUGUGAAUGGCAAGAGUGUCAGUUUGUCACUAAUGAGAUGGAGAAAUUCAUCAAACACCUCUCUGAACACCUCACCACUUUACUAAGUAGUGUAACACCUCCAGAACAAGUGCUUGGCUGCUUCAACUGUAAAUGGCGAAACUGUGAUGUUGCUGUUAUUGGACAUAUAUCAGACUACACACGACAUGUUUUCUUCCAUGCAUUCCACACAAAGAUUAAAUGUAUUGGUAGCAUGUUAGUAAAAAACCUUGAAUUACAUGCAUGCACACUAGAUGGCCAGAGCUGUAACUUAAUACCAGAUUUACCUGAAUGCCUACAAUGUGGCUGGACUCAUUGUGGGGCUGUAUAUGAUAAUCCGGAAUUCUUUUAUCGACAUGUAGAUUUUCAUGCUGAUAGCUUUCCAAAUGGGAACAAUUUAAAAGGAGGCUGUGCUUGCCAGUGGGAAGGAUGUGAUGCUAAUGUUAAAAGCAAGCAUAAGCUACGUGAACACCUAAGGAGUCACACUCAACAAAAGUUAGUUGCUUGUCCGAAUUGUGGUGGGCUGUUUGCAAGUCGAACAAAAUUCUUUGACCAUCUUGAAAGGCAAAAGGAUGUUCAGUGUUACCAGUGUUCAUAUUGUAACAAGAAAUUCCAAACCGAAAGAUUAAUGCGAGAUCAUGUUCGGAUCCAUGUGAACUGUUACAAGUGCCCAUUAUGUGAUAUGACAUGCCCAAACCCACAUGGUCUUAGAAAUCAUCUUCGAUACAAGCAUACAAGUGAACGGCAGUAUAACUGCCUUGAAUGUGACUACAGGAGUAAAACACCUUCAGAUCUAAGGCGCCACAUGGAGACUCAUUCAGAAAACACCAUUAUGUGCCAUGUAAAAGGAUGUUGUUUUGUGACUCGUCUUUACCAAUGCUUGGCUUCUCAUUACCAAAAAACACAUCAGGGUAUCGACACUCAUCGUUUUGCUUGUCAUAUUUGUGAAGCUUUUUUCACAAGAGGGUCUCUACUUACGAAGCAUCUUAAAAAGACACACAAAUACAAACUUCCAUCUGGUUAUUCAAGAUUUCGUUACACUAUGAGCCAAGACGGUUUUUGGCGCCUGCAAACUGUACGCUACGAAAGUGUCAACUUAAUAGAACAAGUCAUUGUCAAUGUUGCUGAUGCCACCGCUAAUUCUGAAGAGAUGGCAUCAUCAGAAAGCUGUGAUCCAGCACCUACCACAGAAUUAGUCAGUACAACAUACAAUCUAGAGAUGUUAGGAGACGUAGCCCUUCAUACGCCUAAUAAACUGGAUAUUGUCACUGACAAAGUAGCUGAAGAGGAUGCAGUAAAGACUAAAGAUAGUUUUAUUAACACUGACAACGACAUUGAAAUGGAGAAAGUCACUCAGUGAAACCUUUUUCCACUUUCAUAUCGCUUUUAUUCAAAUCGCAGUAUGUAACUUUGUGAAUGCUGAUGUUUUAUGUUUUAGCAUUCUUUAAAUAUCACUGCUUCUAAUUUGAACAUUACCUUCUGCCUUAUCUAAAAUGUAUAUAUUUCUCAUCUGUUAAUAAUCUUAUGUAUAAAAAAAAAAAAGUU